AUGAUGGAAUGGGGUGGGGAGCCUCCCAGGGAAGGUUUACGCUUUGCUAUUAAGAAAAACUUCGGAUGCUUGGAAGCUUUAAAACAGAAGAUGACUGAAGAAGCUGCAGUAUUGCCAGGUUCUGGGUGGGUGUGGCUUGGUGUGGAUAGCAAAAAUAUCAAGCAUCUUGUGGUGGAGACGACGGCAAAUGAUGAUCCACUGGCCACCAAAGGGCCUACUUUGGUUCCUUUAUUAGGAAUCGAUGUCUGGGAGCAUGCAUACUAUUUACAGCUCAUGAGCGUACAAAAGCUCUUGACUUUUAACAACACCGACUCAUUUGCUUUUCAACUGCAGUAUGAGAAUGCAAGAGAAGACUACCUUAAGAGUAUAUGGAAAGUCAUAAGCUGGAAAUAUGCUAAUACAGUUUAUAAAAUGGAGAGUAUUUGUUUCAACCGCGGGGACAAUCCCGAGAACUUCGUCGGCCACCGCAUGAAAAAGUACUCGCCGGACAUCUUCCGCACCAAAAUCCUCGGCGAGAAAACCGCCGUCAUUUGCGGCCCCGCCGGCCACAAGUUCGUAUUCUCUAACGAGAACCGACUCUUCGCCCCCUUCCGACCCCACCCGAUGCAACACCUAUUCCGAUCCUACCAAAACAAAGCGGGCCCUCCGCCGCCAGACGAGGCCUCCAAGUCCAUCCGCCAGCCCGGUUUCCUCAAGCCCGAGGCCCUGGCCCGAUACCUUCCCGACAUGCACUCCGUGGCCCAGAACCUACUCCGGGCCCACUUGUUUGGCAAAAACGAGGCCCGAAUCUACCCGUUCGCCAAAUCCCUAACCCUAACCCUGGCGUGCCGGUUUUUCCUCGGCAUCGACGACCCGACCCGGAUAACCCGAUUGGUCGGGAAAUUCGAUGAUGUCACCCUCGGCAUGCAUUCCGUCAUGGUCAACCUUCCCGGGACCGCAUUUUACCGAGCCAACCGGGCGGCCGUCGCGAUUAGGAAGGAGCUAAUAGCCGUUAUCAAGGAAAGAAAACGAGAAAUGGCGGACUCAUCGGGCGGCCGGAUAUCGAAGGAUAUAUUGUCGCACAUGAUCGUCGUCACCGACCCAACCCGGAAACCGAUGCCCGACCCGGAAAUCGCGGAUAAAAUUAUGGGCCUUCUUACGGCCAGUUAUAGUACGGUGGCCACAACCAUCACUUUCUUGAUGAAGUACGUCGGGUUGAACCCGAAAGUGUAUCGGAAAAUUCGAGAAGAGCAAAUGGAGAUUGCGGGUUCGAAAAAGGCGGGUGCAUUGCUCGAAUGGGACGAUAUGGGGAAGAUGAAAUAUUCGUGGAAUGUAGUUUGCGAGACGAUGAGAUUAGUUCCUCCAUUGCAGGGGACUUUUAGAGAAGUUAUAACAGAGUUCACUUAUGCUGGCUACACAGUUCCAAAGGGAUGGAAGGUCUAUUGGACGGUAAGCACUACAAACAUGAACCCGGAUUACUUCAAAGAGCCUGAAAAAUUUAAUCCGUCGAGAUAUGAAGAAGGCAAAGAAGCUCCUCCACCUUACACGUAUGUCCCGUUUGGAGGCGGGCCAAGAAUGUGUCCCGGGAAAGAGUAUGCCAGGCUGGCGAUAUUGGCAUUCGUUCAUAAUGUCGUGAAAAGCUACCGAUGGGAAGUAAUCGACCCGAACGAGAAAGUUGAAGGUGAUAUGAUGCCAGAGCCUGAGAAGGGCUUGCCAGUUAGGUUGUAUCAUCAUUUCGCUUCGUCUGCUAGAUCUCAUAUUUGCCGGAUAAUUUAA